AGUGGGCAGUCAGUGUCAGGUCCUGUUGAUUGGUGGGAGGGUUGGGGUUGAGUUGGUGUGUGGUUCAGGGGGAAAGUUUGGUUCCUGUCUCCCUCCCUCUUUUGCCCAAAAAAAAAACACAGCACUCAGACCCUUCAGACCAUCCUGGAGAGACCAUGUAAAUUCUCAGGACACUUGGUGCAUUGUUCUCUGGAGCUCCAACUGGUGGUGCUGAUAUAUGGAAAUGUAUGUGAAAUGACGGAUGUAGAAAGUUCAUACACGGACUUUGUUUCGUCGGGAAGGACAGGGCGCAGGAAUGCCUUGCCAGACAUUAUGGACUCGACUGCAAAUGUGGAUACAGGUGAAUUAACCACGAGCAUGGAAGGCCUUGAGGUUAAAACAGGAGAAACAAGUGGUGGAACAGAAACUCAGGUGUCUACUAAUCAAACAGAGAGUCCGAGUGAAGACAACAGGAGCUCCUCUUCGUGAAUGCUUGGACUUCCAUUUUAAACAUAAGAAACUGUGAGUUUUGAUACCGAGAGCACAAUGAACACCUCUUCAGUGCAUUCAGCUACUCCUGGCAUUGUUAAAGAACCAUGGAACCCACAAGCAACUUUGCCCAGGGGCAAAGAACAUUCUCGUGUUAAUCUGCACCAAUCGACUUUUUUGUGUUUGUCGCUAACACUACAAAAUAUAUUGACACUACCUGAUAAGAGUAGCCAAGGAACCUGAUGACAAGUAUCUGGUCUGACCAGAAAAUGAAUUACAUGUGUCUAGUACAGUAACACUUUGAUUCUUGAUCUUUGUUGCACUACAAAUGGAUUCUAGCCAUCCUGCUGCAGAGAGUGGACCAAAAUAGCUUCAUAAUUCCACCCCAUACAUGCACUAAAAUCUCUUGAGAAACAUGAUUCAUUGUUUUCAUAUAUAAGGGGGUGAAAAGGUAAAUAUUUCAUAACCGAUUUGACGAGGUAAUUCAUGUCAAAUCUCUUGUGCAGUUCAGAUUUUUAUUACCCCGUAAAUAUUUUACUCUAAUUUGAAGCAUGUGCCUUUUGAGUGUUUACUGAUUUUGAUACAGUAUAAGUUGGUGCCAGGUAAUAGGUAGAAAUUGUAAAGAAAAUAAAUAUAGCUUUCGAAGUUGUGUUUUCACUGAAAGAUUGUAUUUCAACAUGCUGAAAAGAUGGGUGGGGAGGGAACCUUUAACCUUGUAUGAAAAUCAAUAAACUACUUGAAUCUCAAUGCAAAAA